GGAGCGGGCGGGGAGGGAGGGAGGGGGAGGAGGUAGCGGCUGGCAGGCGGGGGAGGGAGGGAGGGAGCGAGGAGUUCCCGGGGGCUCGGUACGGCGCUGCGCUUCCCCCCAUCCCCUCCUCCUCCUCCUCUCCUCCUCCUCCUCCUCUCCUCCUCCUCCCGCUCCUCCCGCUCCCCCCGCCGCUGUCCCCGCGCUCCCGGCCGGGGCUCAGGCCGCCGAUCGCAGCCGAGCCGAGGCGAGGCCGAGCCGCCGCCGGGCGCUGCGCAGGUUUGGACCGCGCGCCAUUUUGUGAGGGCAGCGAACACCCAGAGCCCGGCCGGGGACCCGCCGGGCCGCCCGCGCCCCCCUUCCCUCCGCGGCCACCGCCGCGGCCCGAGGGAGGAGGAGGAGGCGCCGCCGCCGCCGAGGCCCCCGGGGGGGGGGAAGAGCGGGAGGACGCGCCCGGGCCGCUCGCCCCGCCAAGGGAGGAGGCCUCGCCCCGGGAGAAGCCGCCGCUCGGUGUUGUUUGCUGCUGGACUCCCCCUGUCCCCACAACCCCGCAGGAUGAUAUGAGACUUGAAAGAAGACGAUGCAUACAGGAGGAGAGACUUCAGCAUGCAAACCUUCAUCUGUUCGGCUUGCACCAUCGUUUUCAUUCCAUGCUGCUGGCCUUCAGAUGGCUGGACAGAUGUCCCACUCCCAUCAGCAGUACAGUGACCGGCGGCCGCAGAACAUCAGUGACCAGCAGGUUUCUGCCUUAUCCUACGCUGAGCAGCUCGAGCAGCCACUCCCACUGACAAACCAGAGGCGGAUGCCCCAAACUUUCCGUGAUCCAGCCACUGCUCCACUGAGGAAACUCUCCGUAGAUUUGAUCAAAACAUACAAGCAUAUUAAUGAGGUUUACUAUGCAAAAAAAAAACGGCGGCAUCAGCAGGGCCAAGGAGAUGAUUCCAGUCACAAAAAGGAGAGGAAGGUUUACAACGAUGGAUAUGAUGAUGACAACUACGAUUAUAUUGUGAAAAAUGGGGAGAAGUGGAUGGAUCGGUAUGAAAUCGACUCUUUAAUAGGCAAAGGAUCCUUUGGACAGGUUGUCAAGGCCUAUGACCGAAUGGAGCAGGAGUGGGUGGCCAUCAAAAUCAUCAAAAACAAGAAGGCUUUCUUAAACCAGGCCCAGAUUGAAGUGAGACUGCUUGAGCUUAUGAACAAACAUGACACUGAGAUGAAGUACUACAUAGUGCAUUUGAAGCGUCACUUCAUGUUCCGGAACCAUCUGUGCUUGGUGUUCGAGAUGUUGUCCUACAACCUGUACGACCUGCUGAGGAACACCAACUUCAGGGGGGUGUCCCUGAACCUCACCAGGAAGUUUGCCCAGCAGAUGUGCACAGCCCUGCUCUUCCUGGCCACCCCCGAGCUCAGCAUCAUUCACUGUGACCUAAAACCCGAGAACAUCCUGCUCUGCAACCCCAAACGGAGCGCCAUCAAGAUCGUGGAUUUCGGCAGCUCGUGUCAGCUCGGGCAGAGGAUAUACCAAUAUAUCCAGAGUCGUUUUUAUCGAUCACCAGAGGUGCUACUGGGAAUGCCUUAUGAUCUUGCAAUUGAUAUGUGGUCCCUUGGGUGUAUUUUAGUGGAGAUGCACACUGGAGAGCCUCUCUUUAGUGGGGCAAAUGAGGUGGAUCAGAUGAAUAAAAUAGUGGAAGUUUUGGGGAUACCACCUACCCACAUCCUCGACCAAGCACCAAAAGCAAGAAAGUUCUUUGAGAAGUUGCCAGAUAGCACUUGGAACUUGAAGAAGACCAAAGAUGGAAAAAGGGAAUACAAACCACCCGCGACUCGCAAACUUCACAAUAUCCUGGGAGUUGAGACAGGAGGACCAGGCGGGCGCCGGGCUGGGGAACCGGGUCAUACUGUAGCCGACUACUUGAAGUUCAAAGACCUCAUCUUAAGGAUGCUUGACUAUGACCCCAAGACACGGAUCCAGCCCUACUACGCCCUGCAGCACAGUUUCUUCAAGAAAACAGCGGAUGAAGGUACAAACACGAGUAACAGCGUGUCCACCAGUCCUGCCAUGGAGCAGUCGCAGUCUUCGGGAACCACCUCUAGUACAUCUUCGAGCUCAGGUGGAUCUUCCGGAACGAGCAACAGCGGGAGGGCACGGUCGGACCCCACACACCAGCAUCGACAUAGUGGUGGGCACUUCACUGCUGCUGUUCAAGCGAUGGACUGUGAAACACACAGCCCACAGGUUCGACAGCAGUUUCCUCCCCCGAUUGGUUGGACGGCCACCGAAGCUCCGACACAGGUCACUGUUGAAAACCACCCAGUUCAAGAAACCACCUUCCAUGUAAACCCUCAACAACAGAAUGCAUUACAUCAUCACCACGGCAACAGCUCCCACCACCACCACCAUCACCACCACCACCACCACCACCAUGGACAGCAAGCCUUGGGCAGCCGGACCAGGCCGAGAGUCUACAAUUCUCCAACAAACAGCUCCUCCACCCAGGAUUCUAUGGAGUUCCCCAAAACAAACAUGGGCACAGCAAUGCAGUACUGUAAGCAAGAGGGACCUUCAGAUCACACAAACCUAUAAAACUCUUCAGCUGUAAAAAAAGGGACGGUUGUGACGGAGCUGGUGAGGCACACUGAGCAUGUGAAGUGGCGGUGAGCAGAACUCUCCUUUUCUGAAUCUACUGAGGAUCAAAGCAGCAAUUUGUGAUGGGAUUCUGUGGGUCCCACCUUUUGGAGACCGCAGGCAGUUUAGUGUUGGAAUAUGACUGGUUUCAUAACUGAGGUGCACUGAGAAGCAAUCAACGGGUCGGUCCUGGCCAGUCCUGGGGAGGUCUAAGUGGUGGUCUUUGGGAUAACCUUUGGCCUUAUGGAUUUGGACUCUUAAGUUAGAAGAGCCUACCAUUUCAGAUGCAAUCACUUUUGGACAUGCUUUUGCAGACAGUCCUUAAUGCUGAAAACACAGAGAAUGGGUAAUUCAAGAGGCCUUUCUUUUAAAAAAAAUAGACUUUUGUGACCCACUUAUUGUAAGGUAUUGCAAGGUCACUUUGCGUGUGUCAUAAAGUUGACUUCCUUAUUGGUUGAAGGUCACAGGAGUAGUGGUUUGCUUUGAUGGAAAUAGCUACAACUGUGUCCCUUCCUGCUUUUUACUUUUUUCUUUUGCUUUUUUCUCGGCACGUGGUUUCUCCACCAUUACUUCUGCACAAAGACGUCUUCUGUUCAUCCUGAACAUUUUUAAAAAAAAAAAAAAUGCAGAAUUUUAUGUGACUGCUUUUUUGCCUCACAAUUAUGCUGUGAAUUUUACAAAAAUUUAUUUUCUUUUUUGAUAAUUUAUUGUACCAAAGCUGUUUUUAUAGCACAUAGAUGUCUGUAACCAAUAAUGUAGCAGUUCUGCACUUUGACACAAGGUGUAACUAGACCAUUUUUAAAUGUCAGUUGAAAAUUAUGGCUGUACUAUUGCUUAAACAAAACUGGAACUGUUGUUGAAUUCAUAGCCAAUACAUUUACAGCAAUCUGUGUACUGAAGAUAAUAGAUUGACAUCUACUUGGAGACUAUAACAUCUGUUACAUUAUCAAUGUGUUCAGGCUUCUGAAGGCAAAAGGGACACUUAGAACCAGAAGCUAUGAAACCAGCAGUUGAUUCUUGUAUUCCUUAUUAACAUAAUUGUAAACUUGAAGGCAAAAGACCUUGAUUGCAUGAACAGGUCCAAAACAAUAAGUUCUGAGUAAAGCAAAACACUCACAUGAGACCUGAGGUUAGCAGGCUGUAUUUAACAGGUGCCUAAUUUUUGGGUAACGCUGCCUUAAUAUAACACAGUCAGCUUGGCAGUUGCAAAAUUUAUGGGCCCAUCCAGAGAUUUGAUUUGUAUGUGGGGGGGGAAAAAAAAAAAAAGGUAAAAGCUGCGUGAAAAACUUGGGGAAAGAACGAGGUGAAUCCCUCUGUUGCCCAUCCCGGAUGCCCAGUGUUGCCCAUCCUCUCUUACAGAAGCAGUGAUCUACCUCUGCCAGUAAGCCCUUGGAAAAAGUUAAUUUAGCAGCAAAUGGUCAAUUCCACGCCGCCAAGUUGUGGUUUGUUUUGUUUUUUUUCCGUGGAAAAGGUGGAAUUUUUUUACACUCACAGUGGCAACGCAGCAGCUGACUCACCAUGUGAACGGGAAUGAACCCUUGGGAUGCUCAUUUUUAUUUUUUUUUUUUAAUGUAAAUCAUGGUUUCCUCGAUCAACUGAUUUCUUUUUGUAUCGACACAUCGACCCUGUGGAUGAAAGUGGGAUUUUUUUUUUUGUUUUGUUUUGUUUUGUUCUCAUUUUAUUUGGUUUUUUUUUUCUUUAUGGUUUUCUUUUCGAAGCUCAGUAAUUGGGAGAAGUUUACAGGAUUUGGAAGGCUGUCACCCUUAGAACUGGGAAUGCUGAGUUUAGCAAUAUAAAACAAAAAGGAAUCCAGUACUUACUGCUGUCUAGGAAUUAUAAGGGUAAUAUGAAAUCUGGGUUAUAUUUCGUGUGCUCCAGUUGCCACACCUUUAGCGAGCGCCCAAAAAAAAAACAAAUAAAAAAGCAGUUCAAAGAAAUAAUAUCUCCAUCAAGAAGAAAUCAUAAAAAAAAAAAAAAAUCCAGUGCUUCUGCAUACUGUGUUAUGUUACAGUCCAGUUUUGUGUGCUUUACUACACAGUUUGGUUACAGGACUUCUGUGCAUUGUAAACAUAAACAGCAUGGAAAAGGUUAAAUACCUGUGUUCAGAUUGUAAGAUCUAGUCCGGACUUGCUGUGUAUAUUGUAACGUUAAAUGAAAAGACAAGCCCUUUGUAUUAUAGUCAUGCAGUCUUAUGUAUGAUAAACAGUUGAAUAAUUUGUCCUCAGACUCUUUACUGUGCUUUUUAAAAACGAGAGAGAGGGAAAAAAGAAAAAAAAAAGAAUAAUUUAAGGAAAAAAAA